GGCCGGGGGCGGAGCGGGAUCGAGCCCUCGCCGCGGCCUGCAGCCAUGGGCCCGCGCCGCCGCCGCCGCCUGCCACCCGGGCCGCGCGGGCCGUGAGCGCCAUGGCCGUGGCCGGGGCCCCCGCAGGCGGCCCAUGCGCGCCGGCGCUGGAGGCCCUGCUCGGGGCCGGCGCGCUGCGGCUGCUCGACUCCUCGCAGAUCGUCAUCAUCUCCACGGCGCAGGACGCCAGCGCCCCGCCGGCCCCCGCCGGUCCCGCCGCGCCCGCUGCCGGCCCCCGCGACCCCGACCUGCUGCUCUUCGCCACGCCGCAGGCGCCCCGGCCCACACCCAGCGCGCCGCGCCCUGCACUCGGCCGCCCGCCGGUAAAACGGAGGUUGGACCUGGAAACUGACCAUCAGUACCUGGCCGAGAGCAGCGGGCCAGCUCGGGGCAGAGGCCGCCACCCAGGAAAAGGUGUGAAAUCCCCAGGGGAGAAGUCACGCUAUGAGACAUCGCUGAAUCUGACCACCAAACGCUUCCUGGAGCUGCUGAGCCGCUCAGCUGAUGGUGUUGUUGAUCUGAACUGGGCGGCUGAGGUGCUGAAGGUGCAGAAACGGCGCAUCUAUGACAUCACCAAUGUCCUCGAGGGCAUCCAGCUCAUUGCCAAGAAGUCCAAGAAUCACAUCCAGUGGCUAGGCAGCCAUGCAGCAGUGGGGAUCGGUGGGCGGCUUGAAGGACUGACCCAGGACCUCCGGCAACUGCAGGAGAGUGAGCGGCAGCUGGACCACCUCAUCCAUAUCUGUACCGCCCAGCUGCGGCUGCUUUCUGAGGACUCUGACAGUCAGCGCCUGGCCUACGUGACCUGCCAGGACCUUCGUAGCAUCGCAGACCCCGCAGAGCAGAUGGUUAUGGUGAUUAAGGCUCCUCCAGAGACCCAGCUCCAAGCCAUAGACUCCUCAGAGACCUUUCAGAUCUCCCUUAAGAGCAAACAAGGCCCCAUUGACGUUUUCCUGUGCCCUGAGGAGAGUGCAGGCGGGAUCAGCCCUGGGAAGACCUCAUCCCAGGGGACAGCUUCUGGGGAGGAGGACAGGGCAGUUGACCCUGCCACCACAGUGCCACCACCAUCAUCUCCCUCCUCAUCCCCUGCUGCGGAUCCCAGCCAGUCCCUGCUCAGCCUGGAGCAAGAACCUCUGCUUUCCCGGAUGGGUGGCCUGCGGGCCCCUGUGGACGAGGACCGCCUGUCCCCGCUGGUGGCGGCCGACUCGCUCCUGGAACAUGUGCGGGAGGACUUCUCCGGCCUCCUCCCUGAGGAGUUCAUCAGCCUGUCCCCUCCCCACGAGGCCCUCGACUACCACUUUGGCCUUGAGGAGGGUGAGGGCAUCAAAGACCUCUUCGACUGUGACUUUGGGGACCUUACCCCCUUGGAUUUCUGACGGGGCUUCGGGGGACCAGGGCCUCCUGAGAUCCCACCCUGUCUCUGCAGCCCUGGAGCCCCCUGCCCCUGGCCGUCCCCCCAGCCCGAUUGGAAAUGUUUAAUUUAUACCCUAUCUCCCCUAUCUCCAGAAGCUUCUAGCUCUGGAGUCUGGCUAUGGCCAGGAGGCUGAGCAAGCCAGGAAGGGAAGGAUUCUGUUUGUGGUGUGUAUGUGCAUGCACCCAGCACCCAACAUGUGUGUACACGGGGUGAGUGGUGUGUGAGCAUGUGUGUGUGCAUGUACCGGGGAAUGAAGGUGAACACAUCUGUGCGUGCACUGAAAACACGCCCCAGUGUGUCCACGUGUGUGUGCAUGAGUCCAUGUGUGCGCGUGGUGGGGGCUCUAACUGCACUUUUGGUCUCCUUGCUCCAGGGGCCCCACGAGGCCCAGGGUGGCCACCUGCCCCCAGAAUCCUGCGUGCUGACCAGGCCAGGUGGAGAGGCCUUGGCCUGCUUGUUUGCAGGACAGCGAGAGCACUUCUGUCGUCUUAAAAGGUUUUUCUGAUCGAAGCUUUAAUGGAGCGUUAUUUAUUUAUCAAGGCCUCUUUGGCAAGCCUGGGGCACCAGCUAAGGGUAGGAAGGAUGUGGGACUGAUGCCCCAACUCCCUAUACGCCUGAGCGAGGGCGGGGGUCCCUAAGCUGUAAUUUGCCCCACUCCGAAGGAGCUGAGGCCUGAGCGGUUUAUUUAUUGGGAUAUUGAGGGAGGGAGACAGACUGACUGACUGACAGCCAUGGGUGGAUUGAGGGGGUGGUCCCUUCCCAGGGGGUCACUGCAGGACCCCAUCUGCCCCCCAGGAUGGAUGUGAGAUGGGAGAGGUGAGUGGGGGACCUUCACUGACAGGGUGGGCAGGAGGGGUGGGUGAAGGGCUGCUCCUAGCCCAGACCACAGGGGCCCCUCCUGUGGCAUUUGAAGUGCCCCCUCUACCCCACUUCUUGCUCUGCCCCACCCUCCAAUCUGCACUUUGAUUUGCCUUCCUAACUGCUCUGUUCCCUCUUGCUUUGGUUUUAAUAAAUAUUUUGAUGGUGUUUGGGCUGGGUUUUGGGACUGUGUUCUGGGAGCAAAUCUGAGAGAGGGAGAGGUAAAGGCUGCUGGGAAAACACCCCUUGUCUACUUCCCCACUCCCUGCCCCUGCUUGGUUUCAUUUCAUUUGAGCCUCCCAGCCACAAGAAAGGUAGACUUCAUCACCAUUUUUGUCCUAACUUAAAAACUGAUCCAGUGAAGUGGUAAGUGAGCUCCCCUCCCUUUCCCAGUCCCAGAGAGGCCACUCUGACUGCUGUGUUCCUUCCAGAUGUUUCUGGGCAUUUAUAAAUAUGGAACAAAUAAUUACAACAGGCUGAUUAUGUGUCAGGUUCUUUCAGGUUCUGGGGACACAUUCCCUGCCCUCAUGGGACUCUUGGGAUCUGUUGGAAGAGACACAAAUGGGAAAAUCAGAGGGUUUCCUGGAAGAAGUGAUGCUUGAGCUGAGAGCUGUAGGAUAGUUAACCUGAGGAGGAAAAUAAGAACCCACUUAGCAGACAGGGCAUUGUGGUCAAAGGCCCCAGGGCAGGAGAGAGAGGGGCACAGAGGACCUCAGAGAAACCAGUGUGGAGUUCUGAUGUGAGGGCUAGAGUGGAGAGAAGUUCAGUGUUGGGGUUUAUUCAGGGGACAAGGACUCACUCGUGAGCCUGAGAUAGCAGUGACAUACCCUGUUUUAUAUUUUAAAAGCUCCCUUUGGCUGCUAUGUGUUGGAUGAACUGCAGAGGGGCCAGAAUGGCAGAGGGGAGGGUAAAAAGGACCGAGUUGAGUUUGAAAGGGGAGGGGAGGGUGACUGGGAGGCGAUCCACACAGAUCUGUUUAACCCUUAGGUGAGCUUUCUCUGAGCCAGGUCCUAUUUUAAGCCCUUUACAGUCAGUGAGUCCCCACAACAAUCCUAUAUGGUAUCUACUAUUACCCCCAUUUUGCAGAAAAGGAUACAGACGCUCGGCUGAAGUCCCUUGCAGGUCUUACCCACAAGGUGUCAGUCUGUUCUGCAGUUUGCUUUGUCGACCCUACAGUGGUGUGGGACCUGCCCUCGGUGCCCCCGCCCCGCGCAGCCCUCUGUUCUGUUGCUGGCUGUGUAGUACUCCCAAGCAGACCGUCACUUGUCAUUUACACAGCCAGUCCCGGCUGACCGUGACC